UCGGUAUAGUCGUGAUAUGAUUGAUGAAACUGCUCCACAUCCUCCUUUCCACCACAAGACUCGCAUGCAAAUCCGUCGUGUACUUAAUGAUAAAAAUAGGAAGAAACGGAAAGGAAAUCACCAUAAACACAUUAUGAAUGGUCACUUUUAUAAUGGAAAAGAACUUAAGUCUCAUAAAAAGGGUAGCCAAGGAAAAAUCAAUACAGACUUAAAGCCCCAUAAGGCUGCAAUAUUAAGAUUCAAUCUUCCAACCAGUAUAUCUGAGAUCUCAGAAGUGGAGGAUGGCUCUCCUAAAAAUGAGAAUCACUCGUAUUCAAAUGUUGUGUUUACUCAAGAUGAUGAAGGAAUUACUUUUACUGCUCCAACACCUUUGUCUGAAAGUGAUGUAGAUAUUUUAAGUUCUGAUUUCAACAGAAUCUCUCAUCCAACAAAGGAAUUUCGACCUCUUACAUUAACUGAAACAACUUUGCCAUGGAAACGGGAAGAAAACUGUACUGAUAGAAGCUGUGUACAGAAACAACAAGAAUUUCCUCCAUGGGUUGAGAAUAAAGAAUAUCAUGCCUAUAGUUCACUGACAAAGACGUUUUUGGGUAAAAUAAAUCCUAAUUCUGAUAUAAAACCACCCAAUGUUUUUGCCGUAUUUGGCAUAGAAAAGCCAAUAAAAGAUGAAGAAGUUAACAUGAAAAAUGGCAACACAAAAACUGUAGAUAGCUUCAUCAGUCAAACAGAGAAUGCAGAUACUGCAAGUGUCGAAGAUGGAUAUUUCCUUAACCAGAUUCAACCUGAGAAUUUCAAAGAGGAACAGUUUGAGAUGAAAAAACAAAAUACUGGUGUCCAAGCGAGUUUGUGCACUGGAGUAAAUGAUGAACGAGAAAACUCAUCACAAGUAGAAGAGCCACACGAUUUUGUGAUUGAUAUGAGUGAUCAAAAAGGAUUGAUAAGUAAAAGAUUGUAAAAAAAUUCCUCAUCUCUGAAUUGUUUUUUUCAAGAGAAAAUUUUGGGUUUCAUAUUUAGCCAAGAUAUACUGUUGUACAAUUAAAAGACGACUUACAGGAAGUGUAAUUUGUUUAUUACCCAUACAUUACAAUUAGCUCAGGACUUAAAGAAUUUGAAUGACUGUGUUUGAUAUUAUUAUUGUUUUUAAAAUAGUUCUAAAUGGUUGUGAAUCUUAACAUAUGCAUUAUAUGUAGGAAAAUUGCUUUGGCUGUAAAACAUACCAUAGUUUUAAAAUGUUAAAAUCAUACAUGAUUUUUAACUUGUUUGAUAAAUAUUUUUCUGCUGCUGUG